GCAGGGCAUUCGCAGUGCUUCCUCGGAGUUGGCGGGACAGGUUGCGAGCUUUCCGGAAGCAGGCCGAGCGCUCGCAGCAUCCACGUCGCUUCCAGAUCUAAGGGACGUCGAGGCGCCUUUCGCGCGCAAGACGUUCCAAAGGAUCUCCUCCACCUUGAGCCGUGUGCCGGACCUCGACGAGAUGGGCACAAAGAUCGUCGAGAUCCGGGACGGGAUCGGCGGCUACUUCGAGAGCCACCAUCGCUCCUUGAGCAGCCACGAGGAGCUGCUGGAGCAGCCGGUUCCAAGCCGAGCAAGCCAGCUCCAUCAUCGUGUGCAGCUGCCAUGA